CAUGCUUUCACUGCACUGACAGCUGGCUGGGCUGGGGCACUCUCCCUUCAAGGAUCGCUGACAUUUGACAGCAGCACAACGAUGGAUACUUUCAGCAUCUCUGAUAACGAGAACGAGGAGUGCUGGAACUCUCUGGAGAACUACAGGCUGCUGCUCAUCAAGACCAUUGAACCGUCCCGCAUCACUCCCUACUUGCGCCAGUGCAAGGUCCUCAGCACAGAGGACGAGGAGCAGAUCUUUAAUGACCCCAGCCUCGUCAUCCGCCGCCGGAAAGUAGGUGUGUUGCUAGACAUCCUGCAGAGGACUGGACAUAAGGGUUAUGUGGCCUUCCUGGAGAGUCUGGAGCUUGAUUACCCAGAGCUGUACCGCAGGAUCACAGGGAAAGAGCCUGCUAGGGCCUUCUCCAUCCUAAUAGACACCGCGGGCGAAUCAGGCUUGACGCAGUUUCUGAUGAGCGAGGUGACCCUGCUGCAGAAGGCUAUCCAGGACGAGAAGAGGCGCAGUCAGGAGCUGGCGGCCCAACUGGCGGCCCGGGAGGACACCAUCAAGCAGCUGCAGGUGAAGGACAGCGAGCUGCGCAAACAGCAGGAGAGGGUGAGGCGGAUGAAGGAGGAGCGUGACGGCUUCAGCGACGAGGCCCGGAAGCUGAAGGACGAGAACUACAGCCUGCUGCGCGACUUCACCAAGCUGAGCGAGGACAAGAACAACGCACUCAUGAGGAACAGAGACCUUCAGUUGGAGAUUGAGAAGCUAAAGCAUAGCCUAAUGAAUGCAGAAAAUGAUUUCAAAAUCCAGAGGAAGCGGACCAUGACACUGAAAAAUGCCAUGGAGCAGCGGCCCAGUCAGGAUAUGAUCUGGCAGAUCCAGAGGCAAAAUGAUCUCCUCAAGGCCCGAAUCCAGGAACUGGAAAAUUCUGUCCAGGCGGGGAAUCCUGGGGAGGCAGAGAAGGACAAGCAGUAUAUUCAGACUCUGGAAGACUACAGGGAGCAGUCCCUGGCCAAAUACCAGGAGCUGGUCAACAACAUCUACAACCUGCGCAAGGAGCUACGCAACGCUGAGGAGCUCCGAGACAAGUACAUGGAAGAGAAGGAGGAGCUUGAGCUGCAGUGCACCUCUCUCAGGAAGGACUCCACAAUGUACAAAGACCGAAUUGAAGCUAUUCUGAAGCAAAUGGAUGAAGUGACGGCUGAGAGAGACCAGGCUAUCCACACCAGAGAGGAGUAUCACCGGGAGUACUCCAAGAGCCUUGUCGACAAGGACCUGUACAGGAAGCAGAUCCGAGAACUGGGCGAACGCAGCGAUGAGCUGCAGAUCCAGCUCUUCAGGAGCCAGGGGGAGGUGCUGGCCAUGGAGACCAAAAUGCGACGUAUCAGCCGAAAGCCCACUACGCCAACUUCAGAUUAUGAAGAUAAUUCCCUAAGGAGUAAUCUGCUGAACCCUGCAAGUCAAGAUGAAGAUAAGGAAGAGUUUAAUAAAUGUGAGCAAUGUUUAUUAACAUUCUUGAGUGAAGACCCUCAGGCACUUCUGUUUGAAAAGUGUAACGUUUGUGUCACUAUCGAGGAUCCCCCUCACCAGUCCCGAAAGUCCAGUGGCAACAGUAUUUCAGCUGAGAAAGGUUCUGCAAAAGGAGAGCUGGCUGACAAGAAAGCGGGCGCUAAGAACACACCAGGACACAGAACACCAAGGCGGCGAGGUGGAAAACACCACAGGGAGCGACAAUACAGACACAGACGGCACAUGACGGCCAGGAAAACUGCAGUCCAGGAUGCCUUUACCGUGACAGAUCUUCUGCCGGAUCGUACGAUCUGUUCAACCUCAAAACUAUUCACCUGACUUACAAUGACUAGAUGAAGGGUUAGUCUGUCAUGGAAAAGCACGCUAACCUAAAACUAACAACAACGAAUGCGUCAAAGAAUAUGCAGAGGUUUGGUAUAGUGCUGUUAUUUUUUAGUUACCCCCUCUGUUUUUACAAUGUUUUAAUUCUGAUGUUCCCCUCAGAAGUGCAGCUUCUUUCUCGUGUUGCACAGUUCAUAGAGCUAUAACUACGUAAAAACAUAAAGGUGCUGGGCAAAAACCUAUUUGUGUUUUUCUUAAUUAAUCAUGCAAUAUUAAAAUGCAUGAUGUUGACCUCCA